UUCCUUGAAUUAGUCCUUUCCGAGUAGCAGAAGCUUACAGGUUGUUUCAGAGAAUGGCAACGCAGAAAAGAGUGCACGCGGAAGAAGAAGAAGAAGAAGAAGGCCACUACCGGGGAGGCGGGUUCGCGAAGCUCCCGGAGGAGUGCGUCGCCCAGGUUCUAUCCUUCACGACGCCUCGUGAUUCGUGCAGGUCGGCUCUUGUUUCCAAAGCCUGCCUAUCCGCGGCGGGAUCCGAUGCGCUGUGGGACGGCUUCUUGCCGUCCGACUGCGCCGAGAUCCUAUCGCGGGCCGUCCACCCCGUGGAGUACUCCUCCAAGAAGGAUCUCUACUUUCGGCUCUGCCACCCCAUCCUCGUCGACGGCGAACAAAUGAGCUUCCAACUGGACAGGGCAACCGGGAAGAAGACCUACAUGAUAUCUCCCGUUAAGAUGACAUUGGUACAUGGUUACAAUCAUAUAUAUUGGACAUGGAUUUCUCUUCCUGAGUCGAGGUUUGCUAAGGUGCCAGAACUUCUAUCCGUUUGCUGGUUCGACAUUUAUGGCUCAAUUGACAGUCGACUACUCUCUCGGCAGACGGCAUAUGUAGCUUACAUCGUCUUCAAGUUAGUCCCUGAUGCAUAUGGCCUUGAUUCCCCUUAUCAGAAGGGCUCGGUGAUACAAGGAUCCUAUGAAUCAGCAAACUACGUCUCUCUGCAGCCAGAGGAGGAGGAGGAGUCUGAUGAGGAGACAGAAGAAGGUCAAGAAGGGAGAAUGCGGUCGAGGGAGGAUGGGUGGCUGGAGGUUGCGCUGGGCGAGUUCUAUAACGAUGAAGGGGAUGGAGGGGAAGUAGAGAUGCGCCUGAUAGAGACCGACGAGCUGCAAUGGAAGCAUGGCUUAAUUCUCCAAGGCUUUGAGGUGAGACCAAAGAAGUGAGAACGGUGAAUCUGCCUGCACCGACCGGCCGAAAUCUCUUUCCAGGGAUUGAUGUCAGUCUCUUUAUGUGACAUGUUCAUGAUUUGUUAGAAGAACACUUGACGGCAUGUUAUUAUUAUAAGCAGCGAAUGAUGCUUACACUAUCA